AUGGCCGACAAUAGUCCCCGUUCCAGAUGGGACAAUUUCGACGAAUGGGCGGCACAUGCUUCGACAGGUCAGGCAGCGUCGUUUCCUCCUAACCCAGUGUACGACCAGUACAUUUCGUCGACAACCACCAGCGAUGCAUCAGAGUACAUAACUUGCAACGGCUUUCUGUGUCGAAGGGAGCUCGGAUGCUGUGAACAAGGAUGCUGCAGCGGCGAAGCACUGGGGAUGGUCUAUGGCCUGAUUGCAUUCGUCAUUGUGGUAGCGGUUAUUGGAGCUGCAAUUGCGGUCAUAUGCUAUCAGAGAAGUCGUUCGAAAGCGAAGAAAGACGCGUUGUACGAAUCUUACGCCAGAAGCCAACUUACGCCUUACCCUUAUUACGGGUACGACAACGAUCGCGCUUCCCGCAUUGGGCCUUUGUAUUGA